UGUAAUAACCAAAUUCUACCAGCACGUCCUUGCCUUGGCCUUUGCUGUGAAGGAGAUCAAUAAGGACUCCCAGAUCUUACCUAACAUCACUCUUGGGUUCCACAUCUAUGAUAGUUACUACAACCCAAGCAUGACCUAUCGCUCCACUCUGGACCUACUUUUCAAAUCCCAGAAAUUUGUCCCUAACUACAAAUGUGAUAGCCAGAAGAAUCUCAUGGCCAUCAUUGGAGGAUUAGAUGUUCCUGCUUCAUCCUACAUGGAAGAAUUUCAGAGUAACAAAUUAUCUUCACUUUAUUGCAUGGUGCCAGAAGAGGACUAUCAGUACAUGGGAGUUAUACAACUUUUCCUCCAUUUUGGAUGGAGGUGGAUUGGAGUCUUUACUUUUGAAACUAACGGAGAACGUUUUUUGCAGAAACUGCAGCCAUUGAUUUCACAGAAUGGGAUCUGUUUAGCUUUCACUCAAAAAAUUCCACAACAUAUCCAGUUAGAAGAUUUUUCAGAAUUGUUAGAUUCAGUCUCAAAUAUUUCUAAUAAAUUGAUGGAUCAGAAAACAAAUGUUUUUCUUGUCUAUGGAGAAUCAUUCACAAUAGUGUGGCUCAGAAAUGUCAUGUUUCUACGUGAUCCUGAAAAUAAAGACAGAUCAUUAUUCAGAAAGGUUUGGGUCCUAAUGAACCCAAUUGAUUUCAUACUGACUGGAGCUCAAAGGAGUUUGGAUCUCCAGAUGUACCAUGGGGCUCUUUCCUUUACAGUUCAUUCAAGAGACAUUCAAGGCUUCAAACAAUUUCUUCAAGUCAUCAAACCUUCCACCCACAAAGAUGGAUUUCUUCAAGAGGUUUGGCAACAAUUGUUUGACUGUAUAUUUUCAAAGGCAAAUUUACCUUCAUUGAUCAGUGAAACGUGUAGUGGGGAAGAGAAUCUGGAGACUCUGCCUGCACCUCUGUUUGAGUUGCAGAUGAUUAGCCAAAGCUACAGUAUCUACAAUGCUGUUUAUGCAGUGGCACAUUCUUUGCAUGAGGCAAGGACAUCAAGUCCCAAAUGGUCAAAAAUUCAAAGGUUUGAAUUUCCAAAUCUGCAGCCUUGGCAGCUCCACCAGUUUCUUCAACAGAUUUCUUUUAACAACUCAGCUGGAGAAAGAGUCUUCUUUAAAAACAGAAGAGAAGGUCCAGGUGGCUUUGACAUUAUCAACACGAUCACUUUCCCAAACAGAUCCUUUCAGAGAGUUAAAGCUGGAAAGUUACACCCUAAUGCUCCAAAAGGAAAAGAAGUUAUCAUUGAGAACACAAUCCUUUGGCAUCCUGGUUUUAACCAGAUAUGGAUGACUGUUUUGAAUGUUCAGAAGAUCAUUACCCAAAUAAAGAAAAGAAAGGCUNAGAAAGGCUGUAUCCUGAAACUGCUGGUCUUUCUAACUUUUGAAGAAACUUUAGGAAUCGGUUUAGCCUCAGUCACUCUUGGUUUCUUCUUCUUGACAUCUUGGGUACUUGGAACUUUUAUUAAACACAGGGAUACUCCCAUUGUCAGAGCCAACAACAGAUCCCUCACCUAUACCCUUCUUGUCUCUCUUUUGUUCUGCUUUCUCUCCUCUUUUUUAUUUCUCAGCCAACCUUGCAAAGUGACCUGCCUUCUCAGACAAUCAACUUUUGGAAUUACCUUCUCAGUGGCCAUUUCUAGUGUACUGGCCAAAACCAUCACGGUGGUUGUGGCUUUCAUGGCCACUAAACCUGGAUCUCAAAUGAGGAAGUGGGUGGGGAAAAGAUUGGCCUUUUCUACUGUAUUUUCCUGUUCUCUCUUCCAAGUAUGUAUUUGUAUCCUUUGGUUGUCAACAUCUCCCCCAUUCCCUGAAUUGGACAUGCAUUCAGAGCUCCAAGAAAUGAUUUUACAGUGCAAUGAGGGGGCAGCUUUCUUUUUCUACUGUGUCUUGGGCUACAUGGGUUUCUUGGCCAUUGCCAGCUUCAUUGUGGCUUUCCUUGCCCGUAAAUUACCUGACAGCUUCAAUGAAGCCAAGUUCAUCACCUUCAGCAUGUUGGCCUUUUGCAGUGUGUGGGUCUCCUUCUUUCCAGCCUAUCUGAGCACAAAAGGCAAAGCCAUGGUAGCUGUGGAGGUCUUCUCCAUCUUGUCUUCCAGCGCUGCAUUACUGGGAUGCAUAUUCUUGCCAAAGUGCUACCUCAUUGUUUUGCGGCCUGAGCUAAACCACAGGGAACAACUAAUAAAGAGAAUGUAG